CUUGGCAACGUGCGGGAAGUGUCUCUCGAUUGGCAUACACAGCUGGUGUGUUUGUUUGUUGGUGCCUCUCUUAUUUCCCUUCUCUUCACCAUGUCGGCGGUUGAAGAAACUCCCGUUGUCACGCCGGAGGCUCCGGAAGGCGGCGAAGCGGUCGCUAAGAAAAAGUUCGAGCGCAACAAGAACGAAAAACCGAUUGAGGAGUUGUACGAUCUCAGUAAACCCAUUCCCAAGGAAGAGCGUCCCGACAAGGAGGGCCACGAAAAGGCCGUGCAGGAGCUCACCGACGCCGUGGAAGCGUUGAAAGAAGAGCGCCGCAAGAUUCAGGAGCGGAUCGACGCGACAUUUUCCGAUCCCCAGCAAAAGAGCGAAAUCCAGGAACUCCGUACCGAAAUGCAGGCGUUGAAAACACAAAAGGGAGCCCUCAUUGAUCAGAAAAAGGCCCUCCGGGCCCAACUCGAUCAGGCCAAAUCGCAAACCGACAAGCUCAUCAAGGAUAAGAAGGACACGCGCAGUCAGGUUAAAUUCAAUUCCGUGGAAGAAAUUGAAGCCGAGAUUGCCAAACUUAUGCGCCAACAGGAAACUACCUCCAUGUCCUUGAACGAGGAAAAGAAAAUCAUCAAGGAAAUGGACGCCUUGCGUGCCUCCAAAAAGCACGUGGCCGCACUCAAGAGUAAGGACGGCGCCCUCGACGGUGUUAAGGAAGAACGCAAGUCCAUCGGACAGCAAAUCACCGCCAAAGACAAGGAGAUCGAUGAAGUCUCCAAGGACAUCGACCAAGUCAUGACCAAAAUUAAGGCCCUCAACGAAACGGACUCCACCAAACGGGACGCCGUUCAGGGACUCAUCAAGGAGCGCGACGAGUACAAGCUGAAGAUUGGCGAGAAACUCAAGGAGAAGGAUGCCUUGCGUGAUGCCUACCGUUUACUCAACAACAAGUUUUACAACUUUCAGCGAGCGAUCCGUGCGCAAAAGAAGAUCCAGUACGAAGAGGAAAAGGAGGCCCGCGACGCCGAAAAGGCGGCCUACCUCGCCAAGGUCGAAGAAGAGGAAGCCAAAAAGAUUCCCUACGAGGAAGAGCAGGCUCUCUGCGAAUUUCUGGCGAACUUUUUGGAACGCACGUACUUGUCCAAGCCCGGUGACGAGGCCAAGACCGCUAGCGAGAACAAGGAUGUGGUCGCAGUGAAGGAUGAUCCGUUUGCCGGUCUCAAGCCGGUCAGCAAAAAGGAUGCCGACGAAGAGUAUUUUGGCAAAGGCAAGGCCAAGAAGAAGCGCACUCGCGCCACCAAAAACCAGGAUACCUCUUCCGGACCCUUCACCCUCUCGGUUGACACGUUUGAGCAGUUUGGUUUGUUGAGUUUGAAUCCACCCACUUCGAGUGAACAGGUCGCAAAGUCGGUCCAGGAACUCCGCGAGAAGAAGGAGUGGUACAAGCAGCAGCCGCGUGGUAGCGUCCCGACGGCGGCGGAGAUUCGUAAAUCGAACGAAAAAGCCGUGGCCAAGCAACGACAGAGUUCCGAGGACGGUGACGCCCCGCAAGCCAACAAGAAAGCCCCCCAGGGUGCCUUUUCGCUGUCGAAGGAUGAUUUUGUCCCGCUCGGAGUCGGUGCGGCCGCCACCUCGAUCAACUCGUCGUGGGGCCAAAAGCCUGCAGCGUCCCAGGAGGCCUCGUAAAAAUGGCAACCAAAGUCCACCUUUUAUAGUGGUGGUGAACGGACCCUCUUACAAACAAACGCACUGAAAGGCUAUUGAGCUGAUAUGUUUUUCUCAUCAUGACCGUAGUUUAAUUAAAGAAGAAGUAUGAUUGCGC